UUGACCCUGGUCUGCAGCCCAAUGAGCUGUGUGUCCAGCGCCUGCCAACCAGUCUGCACCAGCCCCUGCACACCCUCAUGCUGCCAGCAGUCUAGCUGCACCUCGUCUCCCUGCCAGCAGGCUUGCUGUGUGCCCGUGAGCUGCAAGCCCGUCUGCUCUGUGCCUGUCUGUUCUGGGGAUUCCUCUUCAUGCUGCCAGCAGUCUAGCUGCCAGCCAGCUUGCUGCACCUCCUCCCCCUGCCAGCAGGCUUGCUGUGUGCCCGUGAGCUGCAAGCCCAUGUGCUGUGUGCCCGUCUGUUCUGGGGAUUCCUCUUCAUGCUGCCAACAGUCUAGCUGCCAGCCAACUUGCUGUACCCCCAGCUGCUGUGCCCCAGAACCCUGCCUGACCCUGGCCUGCUGUGUGCCCAUGAGCUGCAAGCCUGUCUGCUCUGUGCCUGUCUGCUCUGGGGAUUCCUCUUCAUGCUGCCAGCAGUCUAGCUGCCAGCCAGCUUGCUGCACCUCCUCCGCCUGCAAGCAGGCCUGCUGCAAGCCCUCCUCCUGCAUGUCCCUGCUCUGCCGCCCCCUGUGCAGGCCUGCCUGCCUGCCCACCUCCUCCUUACAGACAAGCUGUCCCCGCCCAGCCUCCUGUGUGUCCCUCCUCUGCCGUCCUGCCUGCUCCCGCCCAGCCUCCUGUGCGUCCCUCUUCUGUCGCCCCACCUGCCCCCGCCCAGUUUGCUGCAGCCUCUCCUUGGGCCAGAGGUCCAGCUGCUAA